CAUGCCGAAGCCGGAUGUCGAGCCCGAAUCUGCAGGAGCUGAGAAUCGAGCACAGGCUACAAAUCAGAUUCAGUGCUGUGCGUUUAAUGCAGAUGGCUCAUACUUUGUCACUGGGAGUUCGGACAAGCUUGCCAGAGUUUGGGACGCAAGAAAGUGGGCGGACGAGUACACCGGAAGGCCAAAUCAUGAGCAUCCAGAAACAGAUGGUUUUAUCGCGGACGAGAAUCCCACUGAAGCUGUUUCGUCUGACGACAAACAGGGAUACAUAUGGAAGAAGGGGAAAGCAGCCAAGCGUGCUCGCAUGCCUUAUCACAGCAGCAGCAGCUCCGAAGAGGAUAAACUGGUAGACGUUCCUUGUGAUACCAAGAAAGGCCUUGAAGCGACUCGUGUAGAAAAUGGAGACACAAAGGUGGUGGCAAGGGCGAUCAUUAGCGAGUCCGAGUCGGAGAGGUCUCUUUCAGCUGACUACCUUGACGAACAGCAGAGACGAGAGCAGAAUCACACUCUAUGA